AGCGAAGCAGGCUUUGGAGAGCCCGCUGUGGCGGCGGCAACAUGGCGGACGUGCUAAGUGUCGGAGUGAACCUGGAGGCCUUUGCUCAGGCAAUCAGUGCCAUCCAGGCGCUGCGCUCCAGCGUGAGCAGGGUGUUCGACUGCCUGAAGGAUGGCAUGCGGAACAAGGAGACGCUGGAGGGCCGGGAGAAGGCCUUCAUUGCGCACUUCCAGGACAACUUGCAUUCGGUCAACCGGGACCUCAAUGAGCUGGAACGUCUGAGCAAUUUGGUAGGCAAGCCAUCUGAGAACCAUCCUCUCCAUAACAGUGGGCUGUUAAGCCUGGAUCCUGUGCAGGACAAAACUCCUCUCUAUAGUCAACUCCUGCAAGCAUAUAAAUGGUCAAACAAGUUGCAGUACCAUGCAGGUUUGGCGUCUGGCCUUUUGAAUCAACAGUCCUUGAAACGUUCUGCUAACCAGAUGGGAGUAUCUGCUAAACGUAGACCGAAGGCUCAGCCCACGACUCUUGUCUUACCACCUCAGUAUGUAGACGAUGUGAUCAGCCGCAUUGACAGGAUGUUUCCUGAAAUGUCCAUCCACUUAUCCAGGCCCAAUGGCACAUCAGCAAUGCUUCUGGUGACCUUGGGAAAGGUGUUGAAAGUGAUUGUUGUCAUGCGGAGCCUGUUCAUUGAUCGAACAAUAGUAAGGGGAUAUAGUGAAAAUGUCUACACAGAAGAUGGCAAGCUUGAUAUAUGGUCGAAAUCCAACUAUCAAGUAUUCCAGAAGGGGCAGGUAAGAGUCAGUGAAUUAAGGAGUCUUCUGUCUUUCCUACUAAAACGUCUUUUUGCUGUCAAAGGAAGGAAUAUACUGGAAAAUAACACAGUACAGAAUUAAGCUUCAUCCUUCAUCGGUAAAGCUUUCAACUAAUCAUCAUCACACAGGAGGGGUUUGGGAUUUUGUUUAAAAGAAAGUCGUUGCCUUGCCAAAGAUGCUGGUGGGAAGGAUGGAGGACAGGUAGUGUGGCCUCAUGAAAGGGCAGGACAGUACAGUGCCUGUUUUUCUGUUAGCCUCAGGCCGCGUUGGUGGACAGGGGACAGACUGCACAAUGAAAACAAAGCUGGGACCGCUUCAUCUGUGGCAGACUCCAAAGGCCUGGUGCGAUUUAUGGGUUGGUGGUUAGCAUUUCCAACUCAAAAUGCCAGAAGAGAAGGAUUAGGUGGCAACAUUUCUAACUCUGCUUUUUAGUCUUAGCUUUUUCUCAGAAAUCCUAUUUGCUUCUUGUCCACCCACUGGAAUUUUGGUGUCCUGAUCGAUGUUCCUGGGAGCAUUUCCCACAAAGACACUGCAAGCGUGUGGUAAACAUCCCCUCCCGCCUGUCAUCUGUCUGCUUACACUCAUGUGCGUGGACCAGGAGGCCUGGUUGUCUGCAUUGUCCAGAAAGGCUCAACCUGGAACAGGAGGGAGGUGCUCUUUCAGACUAAAGUGACAUGGCCAAGGAGGGUCCUUGUUGUCAAGUGGGAAGGGAUCUCUCCAGCAGAACACUGUACCCGAACGUCCUCACCCUGGCAACCGGUGCCAGACCUGCACCCCAACUCCCAAGACAGGAGUCCAGGCCACCAGCACCGACCCUCCUAGUACAGUUGGGGGAACUCUCUCCCAGCAUUGCUGUGGUGUAGGACCCCAGGACUGCCUUUCUUUGGUAUUCAUUAUGUGGUCGCAAUCACUGUGGACUGCGUGUGUUUUCCUGCUCACAAGCAGCAAUGGUGGCGGCCACAGAGAGGCUUGCUGGGAAGGUGGGACCCCUCCCAGGUCUUUCCCCUCGGUGUGACAAAGCAGGAUGGUGGGAGGAGGGCUGCCUCACAGAGUCAGCCCCAGCUUAUGCUCGCCUUUUUAUUCAUGGAAGAGAAUGCCAGGAGCUAAGAGAAUGGAAACACACACCUGUCACAUUCUCCUCAGGCCGUAUUUGCGGGACUCCCUGGGUUAAAGCAGGCACAUAAGGCCCUGUCACAAGUCCCACCACGUGAAACUAAAUGAGGCCUGCCUUUUGUCUGCGGUGGGGACUGUCAGCAAGCCCUGUCCCUCUUCCUCAUUAGACCCCUUACCCCGGUGCAGGGAAGCGGCAGAGGGCUGGGGACAGCUUGCUGUGGGGCCGUGGCUGCUGACAGGCUCCCGUCAUUUACUGCGGUGCCCCAGAGGCUCUGUGCACUUCAUCCUAGGGCGAAGAGGCUUUUUAUAGCCAGCGUGUCUCCAGCAGAGCAGACUCAGAGAAUGGGACUUAGAAAUAGGGGGGCAUCUGAAAGGGCAGACACACAAAGAGCCAGGAAGGGUUUCAGGCGUGUUCAUAUUUUUCUGACAUUUAAACUCUGCAGGGGCAGUCACUGUUUUGAUCUUUAACCUCCUCAUUUCAAAACACUGUGCAUUUUCAUCCAGGAACUUAGGAAAAGUGAGAGAAAAUCUGCAGCUACUUACUGCGUUAAGUCUUGGCAGGGACGCUGAGGAAAGAGGUGGGGAGCAUGUGCAGCCACAGACAGGCAGGUGGAGAUGGGAGAGGCAGUACCAGGAGGGCUGGCACGUCCUUUGUAGUGUUUUCACUUGGAAGCACGUGAGUCAUCACCGGUGAACAUCCAGCUCAGAGUCAUCAUUCCAGAGGCAUCAGUGGGAAGAGUGGCUCUCUCGGGGCUGUGCCAUCACAGAACAUCGCUGUGGACGGGCGGGUUGUCCGGACAGCAGUGGCAGACGGCAUUCUGGGCAGGCUGCCACUGUGUCCUUGCUCCAGUAUUCGCUUACUCAUACGUUCCCUCCCUCAUUCAUACUUGGAGACUGGCCUCCGACUCGCGCAGACUUUGUUGGGGUCUGUCUACUGAGUGGCCACCCAGGGCUUUUCCAUAUAAGAGAGGGAGUCAUCUGUAGAAGAGUCACUGAUCAGAAAUUUUGGAUGCAUUGAACACCUACCAUAAUUGAGUGCCUGUCCAAGUAGUAUGUGAUAAACCUCACUUGUCACUAAUCCCAGGUCCCUGGAAAGGGAGCCAUCCCAAUGAAGGAUGGUUCCCAGAAGACAAGACUACCUCUUUUGAAUGAGGCUGUGUGGCAUGUGUCUCUGGAGUAUGUGUAUCUGCUGCAGCAUCGCAACAUCGCCAAAGAGACGCAAUAAAUAGUUGCUUUCCAUCUCCAUCUCUCUAAUAUCUAAAAUUUCUCCCCAGUGGCUCAUUUACGUUCCUUUCAGAAAGCCCUCCUGAAGUGCCACAAAGACCUGGAAGCACUUGUGGCUGUAGCCAGAGUUUGAAGCCCUAGUGCCACAUCCCCAUCCUUUCCCUCACCUGAUGCCCUGCUUAGGUCAGCCAAGGCCCCCACGCCUAGGAGGAUUCUGCAGGCCCCAGAAAGGGGUCUCUUAUGUUGUCGAAAGGAUAACAGAUACCUUUUUUCAGAUACCGUUGCUCUGACAAGUGCCCUUUCCUCUCAGAUGCUGAAUAACUUUCCUCAGGGAGGAGAACUUAGUUUUAUAGACCAGAUGUGGUGGCGUCUGGCUCUAUGUUUUUGUGCAUCCCAUUGCCACCUCCUAAGUGUGUGUUGCUGCCCCCAGACAGAUAAAACCCAGGGCACCACUGUCUUGUGUGAGACCAAGUGGGCAGACUCCAGACAAAGGGCAGUGCAGGAGGAAGGCCUGCCAGAGCCCAGUGUCAGGCUGUCGGUGCACUUCGGGGACUGGGAGGUGGCCCACAAUCCCAGGAUCAUUCCAAACACCAGCCUUCCCUAAGCUGACAGCUGGGCUGUAUUGACCAACUUGGAUAAGCAGAAGGAAAAUGUGAGUGUGAGCCCCCAGGGGCCCUGGGCCCUGAGGAUGGCAGGGAGGGAUCUGUCCAUUCCCCUUCCUGCUGGAAUUCCUUUUAUGGCCACCUUUUCUCUUCAGGGGCAGCUUUGAAUAUUCUCAAGCUUCUAAAUCCAGAAUAGAGUGGAUCGUUGGUUUUCCCCUUACGAUACCCCAAUACCCUCCGCUUGCAAGGCUCCAUCCACCACCGCUGAAUGUGGUAAUGACCAAAAGCCUAGUUCAGGUCCCCACACAUAGCCAGAUUCACAAUUCAAGUGGAGCGGGAAGGCUGCGCCCACCCUACUGGUUUCUGGUUCACUGCCUUAGAGGAGUCCGUCUUGCUCCCAGAGCUUGGUUCUUCCUGAGGGCUCACACAAGCCUCGGUACAGCCCAGGUCAGAAUCCAGCAAAUAUUUCUGGGCAGCCUGGCCAGCCACCAUUGCCCGGUCCCCAUUCCCACAGCCCAGCAGGCUGUGUCGCACUACAGGGUGGCUUCUAGCACUGGGCCUGCCCCCAUCUCUCGGGCCCCAGUCCACAUUCCCCAUGGUGACCUUUCCUGAGAGGCAUUGGCUGAGAUCCAUUCUGCCGUGUGUUCAGGCCCCAGCCAACCACCGCUUCCUACGUGGUCUCACUCACCUCAGUCUCCCCAUGUGUAAAAUGGACAUCAUACGAGUACCUGCCUCACAGAAACGGGGUGAGGUUGAGUCCACAGGCAUGAAGUGUAAGGUGAGCUUCUAGUCUGGGGCUCACCUGACACUGCUCUCAGGUGCUUAUCAGCAAUGACCACCCUCUUC